GAGAAACCCUCGGCUCAGGUGGGUAUAUUGAACGAGCUUGCCGCUCUGCCCUCGCCUGGGGCGAUUUACUAGGUAGCCAACAUAAUUCCGGGUAGGCAGACAGGAACACAAAUGUUUUAUGCUGCUCAAUGCAGAAGGGGCCAUGCUACACAUAACUGCCUUCGAUAGUGAUGUGGAAUUUGGCAUUCUACGACGCUGAUAAUAUGCUUCAUCUUUUGACAAGCUCUCAGCCCAAUCAACAAAAUGAACUGGACCGGAGGCAACCUGCAGCGACAUUCGAAAAGUAAGGGCAAUGCGGUCGUUGCACGCCAGAGAUCACACUUUGCCAAAGCCCGUAGCAAGGCUCCAAGCACAAAGACUCGUUCUGUCGAAGGUUGGAACGAUACAUCUCCGAUUCGAGACCCAUGUCCUCCACCGCUGAAGAAGAUCCGGACACGAACCUCACCUCGGAUACAAGAACGGUCCAUGACUGGCCAGAGGACUGGACGGCGCCUUGUAGGAGACUUCGUCUUACCAUCGAGGGAGAGUGAUGUCCGCGUAAGAGUAGGCAACCGAGCGUUCGCAAGCCAGCCCGAUACAACUGUGGCUAGUCCGUCGACGAGGUUCCGAUCACCAACAAUAUCUCAUUCGGAUCAGUCCACGAACUCGAUGCUUCUCGACGACUUCGACCAGACAAAUUCGCGUUUCAGAGCACUUGAUGGUGACAGAUCAUACCAAAUGACUCCAGGACCAGACAAUAGCUUAACCCCACCUCGCGUGCUGAAGCACAUGCAAUUCUCAUUGAGUGACUCGCUAGAUACCAUCUUGCGUGAUCACAAGGCAAACCAACAUCCCUCAGGCUCCGAAGCACAUGCUUUGUCAAUGGUUGGAAAUGUUGCGAGUUCCGGCGAUGCUUCGAACAACACAUCAGCCGAGGAUAUGCAAAGUAUUCCAGAUACGGCUGAGCGACCGAAAGGCUCACCGGUCAAGCUGCGACCGGAGCAGUUGGACAUUUCUGUCAUUCAUGCGCAUGCUGAUGCUACAAAUUUCAGUCACGAGGACUCUGUAGAUAACGAUGUCACUUGGCGGAGGUUCAUCGACGAGGAAGAAUAUUGAAGCUGGUUCAGGAAGAGCCGCUCUGUCCGAGUAGCCAUCGUGGCAGCACUCCGCACUCAUCAUGCCCGACAGCUCGUGCGUGUCUGCUCGAGACAGGAAGAUCGAGGCGAAUAGGCGGUGAGACGAGUGAGAGAGGGCCAAGGCUCAGUGACGAAGAUCAGGUCUGGAUGAGAUUUGUGCUAGGACUUGACUGCUCAGAUGGCUCAUGAACGGGGAUCAUGAUUGAUCAGGAAGUGCAGGGAGGCUGAGUGUGAUGAUGCAUGCUUUCAGGAGUUGGUCCAGAGGUGGAGAGUGCCACAGCAGACCGUUUCGAAUCGAGCUGAAACUUGGAUGCCUUCGAGACAUACAGCGUGCGUUCUGCUUGCUACUGCAAGGUGAACGGUUAGAAGCACGCCACUUGUGGAGAGCGACGUGUGGGGGGUAUGUGUUGUUCGAUUCCACGGAAACAGGGAUACCCCACCCUGACAUGUCGUAAAAGCUCCAUAGGGUCAGAC